CCCACGUCUCACCACCUUGCUCGACACACACGCGAGGUGCCAAACUUCAGCGAGGUGCAACUGUUCAGCGAGGUGCCACUGUGCUGAGCUCACGACCAGCGUCCCAUGCUCUGGGGCUGCCGCCCCGACGUGAUCUCGCUCGCCUUUGAAGAGCACGAUGCCGACUCCGACGGCCUGCUCACCGCCGCCGAGGCGGAGCAGGCGCUCAAGCAGGCUGCGCGGGUGUCCAUGCCACGUUUUAGGAUGAAGCACGCCAUUGCCGACGCAGAGGCUGGCAGCCCGUCCAUCUCGCUCGCCGAAUUCCGCACUUUGGUAAAGAGGAUAGAGCGAGCGAGGCGCAACGGCACAGUCAGAGAGGCCGACGCAGAGGCCGAGAGGGCAGAGGCAGAAGCCAGCGCUGCGGUGGCUGAGGCCGAGCGGCUGCGUGCAGAGCUGGCGCGGCUGCGGGGCGACAACAGGGAGCUUCGGGCGCUGCGCGACCGCCUGGAGGCGCGGCUUGACCGGCGCCUCGGGCCACACGGCCGGGCGGCGGAGAGGAGGCGGGCCGACUCGGAGGAGCUGGUCUCGAAGCUCGACUCGACCAGCGGCGCAAUGCAGCGCCUGUCCACCUCCCUGUCUCGCGAGAUUGCGGGCCUUGGCGAUGCUGGCCCCGCCGAGCAGCUGGCGGCGAGCGAUCUCCUCAACAUCGCGUUGCAGACGCUCGCCCCGCGGCUCGAGGCUAGCUUCUCAGCGCAGAUGGUGGAGGCGCUCAAGGGCGCAGGAGGCGGCCUCGCCCUGGGCAGCUCGGGCUAUCAGCUCUGCGCCGAGCGCGAUGGCAAGCCGAUCGAAGACGCGCAGCAAAAGCUCUUUGAUCUGAGCGUCACGUGCGACCGGUGCUUCCGCCUGCAGGACUACGCUGACCUCGAGCGAGACGCGGCGGAGUGGCCAGCUGCGUACUCGGCGCUCGACCUGGCGGCGCUCAAGAAGAACACCCUGGUCUGCGCCGACGUGUGUAUCGAGGCGAAGCUCGCACUCGAGGAGGGCGUCACGCUGGCCCUCCGCUCCAAGUCGUGGUUCAAGCCGUCCGUCGAGCUUCAGCAGGAUGAGGACGGCGCCGAGGCGGGCAGACCGAGCGUGAUGGUGCGCGCGGAGAAGAUGCGGAUCUGGUUCUGCACCGACGCGUCCAUCCUGAAGGCUGGCUUCCUCCAGCGGCCCGCCGUCACGAGCGACAUCGACAUUGCGGUCGGCUGGCUCCCCCUUCCCGACUCGUUUGAGUCGCGUCUCCUGCCGAGGAUCCUAGAACAGGUGCUCGCCCAGUUCUCGCCCAGGCCGUACGAGUUUGCGAGGGUGUUUCACUUCCUGCCUGGGCUGGAGGGCGCCGAGGGCCGGCCAAUCGAGUGUCGCAUUUGAGAGUUAGAGAGCGACUGGGGACCGGCACGGGCCGCUGACCAACACGAUCACGAACACACGCGCUCCUUUUUUAUCCGUGUACCUCGAGGUACGCGUAUACG